AUGAGGGGUAUUAAUAAUACCCUCAAGCAAGGCAAAGUUUUCAAAAGAUUAGAGAGCCAUGGGGUGGAUGUGGUUUACCUCAUGGAGACUAGAAUUAGAAGUAUUAACAUUUCCAUGUGGGUUGCCAUCUUGUCUGAUGAGUGGAAUUAUUUGGCCAAUUAUGAUUUUGUUGAUGGUGGUAGAAUCUGGGUUUUAUGGAAGAAGAGGAUUUCAGUUUCUGUUGUUGGAGGAUCUGACCAAGCCCUUUCCAUUUUAGGUGAAGCUGUUGGUCAUAGUGUUAUGAUUAUUGUAGUUUAUUGCAUUAACAACAAUCUAGCUAGGAGGGGCCUGUGGGAUUACUUAAGAAGCUUGGAGAGUGUUGUUGGUAAUUAUCCUUGGGUUAUUGGUGGGGACUUCAACGUUGUAGAUGUGGCCCAUGAGAGUUAUGAUUAUCCUAUAAUGGGAUCACAUUCCUUACCUGACAUAGAAGAGCUUCAAGGUUGCAUGGAAGACUUGGAGCUACAAGAUCAUCCCUUUGUAGGGCCUCUCUUUACUUGGUCUAACAAGCAAGAUGGCUCCUACUUGGCUAGAAAGCUGGAUAGAAUUCUUGUCAACCCACAAUGGAUGCAUGAGUUUCCAAUUUCCUUUGCUGAGUAUAAAGCUCCUGGAGUAUCAGAUCACUGCCUGGGGUUAAUUUGGACUCAGAAAGAGGCCAAGAUCCAUAAGCCGAAACCAUUUAAAAUUUUCAACUGUUGGGCUACAAAUGAGAAUUUUCUUAGUAGUGUUAAGGCUUCUUGGGUGGAAUUCAGUGAUGGUAAUGCUAUGCAGGUGUUGAAUAGAACUCACUUCUCAGACAUUUCUGCUAGAGUGAAAGCCAAAAGAGCUGAGCUGGAGCAAAUUCAGCUCUCUAAUCUUACUGAUGUGAAUCAUGUUGGGAUGGAGGUAGAGAAGAGAGUUCAAUCUGAAUUAGUUGACCUAGAAAUAGCAGAACUGGACAUCUACAGGAAGAGAGAUAAGGUCUAUUGGUUGGAAAAAGCACCAUCCGAAUACUAA